AAGCUUUGUUUCCCCUUGGUGCCAGGGUGAAGCGCAGGGUGCGGCAAGAAACGAGCACGCCCUGGAUUGUCAGUCAGCGGAUCGAAGAAGAACAAGUCUGCAUUGCAGAAGAAAUCGUUCUGCCUGUUUUUGAGCGUAAACGCUUUGCUACCACGUCGGACGCGUCCAGCUUCCAGCCGCGGUCUACUCUAUGCCCCAAGAAGCCACAGGCGCCAGCAAUAAUGACUAUGGCAAGGAGUCAAGAAGCCGACGAACAAGAUCAGCGAGUCCUCCGAGAAGCGGAGGAGAAGGACAAAACGGUUGUAAAGGUCAAGCAAGAGGCAGAUGAAAUACAGGACAGAACAGUAAAUGGAAAAGACAAGGCAACAAGAGGAACAAGGACGCGCUUCACUUUGGCCUCCCAAUUUUUCAUUGCAGAACUCGAAGAAGAUGGUAGUGCCUACAAAUGGAUGGGCAUUGUUCGGGCCCCCUUUCACGGCAAGGAAAGCUAUCGUGGCGAGCUGACGAUUCCCGCGUCGCGCGCAGCAUCCUGCAUUUCCAGCGGGGAAGACAAAGCGUGUGCCAGCCAUGACCAGGAGGACCUUGGUCCUACAGAACUAAAAUGCGACAACAGAGGCCCCCCUUGCAUACGGUGCAAGGGGCGGCUGCGCUCGCAGGAAAAGGAGGCGUUUUGCAAGUCAACCAUGCCGCGGACUUUGAUUUUGUGCGGAGCGUGUUUUCUAGACAACCCCGGAGAUGACGACGUUUCAUGCAUGGUAGAUCCAGGCGCGAUAGACACAAGGACAGGCAAACUGCGCUCCGCGGAAGAGUAUCAGUCCUGUGGUGAGCCUCUGGUAGAAGCAGUAUGUCCGUGGUGCUGCAAGAAGGACCGGGUGCAGCGCGUCGACGUACCUGAGGGUGCGUCGGACCCGGAGACCUUGACGUUUGAAUGUGUCCGUUGCCACGAACUUGAUGCGGCUUUCAUGCGUCGUGCUGGCUUGGAUCAGGCGGUGAGCCUGGACGAAUAUUAUCGUUUGUCGGAAG